AUGGACACCGGCCCGAAGAAACGGAAAGCUGGGCCAGAGCAGCGGGAUGGAGGCAACAGAAAGAGAUCAAAGGGCAAACAAAAAUGGACGAUGCCAGGUGCCGAGGCUCGGGGGAUUCAGCCAGGCGACGUAGGCAUCUGGGUAACAUGCGCCAUGAACAAGGAAGCACCAUCAGUCGCCGACUUGCGCAAUUUGUUUGAGAAGUAUGCCUCGCAGCUGUACAAAGAUGCUUCAACGGCUGAGGCAGCUGAGGGUGAAGAAUCCGGAGCGAGCGACGUUGACAUUGAGAGCGAGAUCAAGAAAGAGGUUGAGGGCAUUCGAAAGCCGAAGGUCGAACCUCUCUUCAAGAAUGUCAAGCUGUCUGGGCAAUGCUUGAUAUUUUUCAAGACUCGCUCGCCCGUUGAGCCCGUCUCGUUCCUCCACAAGAUCUGUCAGGAUACUGCAGACGGUGUUGAGCACCAGCGUUGCCGUUUCGUAAAGAGGCUGACGCCACUUUCAGCCAUUGGUAAAGUCGCAGGAAGUGGCUUGAAGGACAUCGCUACCCAGGUUCUUGCUCCGCACUUCCAUGCACCUGAGCAAAGCGGCAAAAAAUUUGCUAUUCGAGUGAAUAUUCGCAAUAACAAGCAAAUUUCCCGAGAUGAGAUCAUCCAGCAGGUUGCAUCCCUUGUGGGCAAGGGGCACAAGGUCGAUCUUUCGGGGUAUGAUCUACUCAUUCUCGUGGAGGUCUAUCAGAGUCUCGUAGGCAUGAGCGUAGUAGGCUCAGAUUACGACAGUCUCAAGAAGUACAAUCUGGCUGAGUUGCGCGACAACACUAUCACGAAGGACCAGAAGGAAGUACCAGAGGGCUGA